AUGCCUAGAGGUCGGCAUUCGCAGCGAGGCUCUCCCGCCUCCUCCCUCUAUUCAGCAGACUCGCGAUCGCCUUCACCGGUGUACGCACGUUCACGGUCCCGAUCUGGAGCCCGGCGCCGCCCCUCAUUCUCACCGUCUCCCGCCCGCUCCCGGCCUCGCUCACCCCGGGCCAGGAGCCGACGCAGCUCUUCUGGGUCCUCCAGAUCCUCCAGCCGCUCGCCCACCUCACGCCGAGGUGGCAAGCGGGCCGAGUUGAGGGAGAUGAAGGACAAGUUCAAGGACAAGACAGAUACCACUAGUGGGAUGAAGACAUCGCUGGUCUUCUUAGGCUCGGUAGCAGCGGCGACGUACGCAGCUCACAAAUAUUGGCCCAAGGGCAUCACCUACGGUGAGAAGGAGGAAUGGGAGGAGGAGAACCACAUCAAGAAGGCCAAGAAGAUAGCCAGGGGGGAGAUCCCACACAAUUCCGGCGGCGGCCCGUCGCGACGUGGAGACGACAGACUGCGGGUCGACGACGGGCGGCGGAUGAGGGACCAUGACCGCCCUCGCAGCAGCCGCGGCCGGCUGGAACUGGACGACGUGCACCUGAGGCGCGGCGAGAGGCUCGAGAUCGAGAACGCCGAGUUCCGGGUCCGGCCCGCUAGCGUUAACCGGGGCCUCCCCGACGGGCUCACCACCAUGAGCAUCGCCAGCGGCAGCAGAGGGGGCGACGCCAGGAGGGCGCAGUAUGUGGAGGACAACCGCACGCAGUGGGGCGGCGGCGGCGACCGGAGGUCCUACGUCGAGGAGCGGGAGAGGUGGGUGGAUGACAGGAGGGCCUACGAUCCUUCGCGGGCACCGCCCCAUCGGUAUGUGGAUUACGAAUCCGCGGGGCGCAGGGGCCAUUCCUUCGAUGAGCCCCCCGACCCGCGACGUGGGGAACGGGUGGUUUAUAGAUAG